UUUUUAGCAGGCCACCGCUCCCAAGCCUCGGACCGAGCUGAUAAAAUCAGGUUGCUGAAAUUAAGGGUAGAUAGCAGAAAGAGUACAGGUCCCCGUGACCCAGACAUAAAGAGCAGAAGAAUUCGCAUCUAUUUCCAUCUUCCUGCCUUCCCUAUCCGUAACAACCCCACCCCCAGCAUCCCAGCAAACAGCAGCUUCUUACCCUUCUCCUCUUGGACCCUCCUGGGUCAGAGAGGCACUGGGCUGUGAAAAAGACGCUGUUGCAGGACAGAGAGCAGAAAAAUUAACUUCCUCCUCUAGCCCAUCCCGACACCCUGGCCGUUGACUUUUCUCAGUUUGUUGCGGACACUACCAGGUUAGGGUGGAGACGCUGCAUUGGGGUUCAGUUCCUAGACGGGGUAUUUGUUUUAGAGGGGGUGGAGGGAGAGAACUGCGAAGGCCCGAAUGAAUGUUAUUACUUGUUUACUCUUCAUAUCAGGUCCUCUGGGUAGUGAUGAUACAAGUUCAGAGAGGCCUGCUGUGUUGCCCGGGGAGCCGGGAAGCCGGUUAACGACAAGGCCUGGUUGUAUAACCCCAAGGCAGUUUGCUUCAAAGAUUUGGACUCCUUCACCCCGUUAGGUCUGCCACGAUGCUGCUGCGGCUGUGUAGAACGGUGGUGAUGGUGGGAUUUCCUCGGGCCAUCAGGGUCAAGUCAACCCCCUCGAGGCUCUGCUUCCCAGCGUGUUCCACGAAUGAUUCAUUUAAAACUCAGCACCCCAGCCUCACCUGCCCUGAUGAGAACUCACAAACUCGGGGAUGGAAAGUGGUGGGGGCCCUGCUAGGUCUGGGCGUGGCGCUGGCCUACCAUGACCAUCGCUGCAGGGCUGCUCAGGAGUCACCCCGGGUGUACACCAGAGAGGAAGUGAGGUCCCACAACAGCCUUGAAACUGGAGUCUGGGUAACCCUAGGCUCUGAGGUCUUUGAUGUCACAAAAUUUGUGGACCUGCAUCCAGGAGGACCAUCCAAACUGAUGCUAGCAGCUGGGGGUCCCAUAGAACCCUUCUGGGCCCUCUAUGCUUCUCACAACCAGCCCCAUGUACGUGAGUUACUGGCUGAGUAUAAGAUUGGGGAACUGAACCCUGAAGAAAAUGUCUCCCCCACCUUGGAGGCCUCUGACCCUUAUGCCGAUGAUCCUAGCCGUCAUCCAGCCCUGAGGAUUAAUAGCCAGCGCCCCUUUAAUGCAGAGCCUCCCCCUGAACUGCUAACAGAAAACUACAUCACACCAAACCCGAUUUUCUUCACCCGGAACCACCUGCCUGUACCUAACGUGGACCCAGACACCUAUCGCUUGCAUAUAGUGGGGGCUCCUGGAGGCCAGUCGCUGUCCCUGUCCUUGGAUGAUUUGUAUAAGUUUCCCAAACAUGAGGUCACUGUCACUCUGCAGUGUGCUGGCAACCGGCGCGCUGAGAUGAACAAGGUUAAGGCGGUGAAGGGCCUCGAGUGGCAGACGGGAGCCAUCAGCACCGCACGCUGGGCUGGGGCACGACUCUGCGAUGUGUUAGCCCAGGCUGGCCACCGACCCCGUGAAACCGAGGCCCACGUCUGUUUUGAGGGACUGGACUCAGACCCCACUGGGACUGCCUAUGGAGCAUCUAUUCCUCUGGCUCGGGCCUUGGAUCCUGAAGCCGAGGUCCUCCUGGCGUAUGAAAUGAACGGUCAGCCUCUGCCUCGUGACCAUGGUUUCCCUGUGCGGGUGGUGGUUCCCGGUGUGGUAGGUGCCCGUCAGGUCAAAUGGCUCGGCAGGGUAAGCGUGGAGUCGGAGGAGAGCCACAGCCACUGGCAGCGUCGGGAUUACAAAGGCUUCUCCCCAUCCGUGGACUGGGACACGGUAGACUUCGAUCAAGCUCCAUCGAUUCAGGAGCUGCCUGUCCAGUCAGCUAUCACAGAACCUCAAGACGGGGCAACUGUAGAAUCGGGAGAGGUGACUAUCAAGGGUUACGCAUGGAGCGGCGGUGGCAGGGCCGUGAUUCGGGUGGAUGUGUCUAUAGAUGGUGGACUAACCUGGCAGGAAGCUCAGCUAGAGGGAGAGGAGCAGUGUCCCCGGAAGGCCUGGGCUUGGCGAAUAUGGCAUUUGACAGCUCAGGUGCCGGCAGAGCAGAAGGACUUGGAGGUCGUUUGUAAAGCUGUGGACGACAGCUACAACGUGCAGCCAGACACUGUCGCUCCCAUCUGGAACCUGAGAGGCGUACUCAGCAAUGCCUGGCACCGUGUCCGUGUCCGCGUCGUCCCAUGAAAGCAUCGAGCAGAGCCAUCUGUACCCAGAGAACCACCUAAACUCCUUUCUAACCCAUCUUUAACAUUUCCUUCCGCCUCUCGGGUCACAACCCUGUGUUUAAUGUGUCUUAAGCUGUGCCCAGGCACACACGCUCCUGGCCUCUGACCCUGUGCCAGGAAGGAGAGCUCUUGGAGAGCAGUUCGGAAGACAUGUUUUCUCAUCCAACCGCACCUAGGCUUCUAAGGCCUCCCCACCCAGGCCUUCUUCAGCCAAGUGUGUGGGAAUGUGUAACAAGCGUACUUUCCUAUCUUCUGCUGCCUAUGGGAUGCGAGGGGUUCCCCCUUAGAGCUCUACUUUGAGAAAAUACACCAAUAAAGUGCCUGUUUAAGAUUA